CAUAAAUGCAAUUUGCCUCAUGUCUUGAUCACAAACCGUGGAGCUAAUGAUGAUCAAGAAGGACCACCUGGUCCUCGUAGCUCUCCUCGUGUCCAUUCAACAUGAUUGGGCGAAUGGCGCCUCAAGAACAAGAGAAUGGCGCAACCUUGUCAACUCGCCGGCAUUGCCACCAUACCAAGACUUGGUAGGAGGAGCCGGGCCUCCAACCCCCGCACACGACAUCCAGCCAUCGCCGCCGUAUUGCGCGUACCCUCCCCCUGCCAACCCCACCUCGCCGGCGGCGCCGUCGAUGCCCCCUCCAGCCGGUGUGCUGCCACCGUCCACGGCACCGGUCGGCAACCCCACCCCACCAGCCAACGCACCGGCGAGCCACCGCGUGGCCCCACCGGCUGGUGCUCCCCGGGCGGGAGGCCCGGCAGCCAUCGGUGCGCCGCAGGGGCUGUGGUGUGUGGCGAACCCGACGGUGGAGAGCGUGGACGUGCAGGCGGCGAUGGACUACGCGUGCGGGUCGGGCGCCGACUGCGGCAUGGCGGCGCCCGGCGGGCCGUGCUACCUGCCAGACACGCUGAUGGCGCAUGCUUCCUUCGCCUUCAACAGCUACUGGCAGCGCAACAAGGCCGCCGGCGGCACCUGCGACUUCGCCGGCUCCGCCAUGCUCAUCACCAAAGACCCCAGUUACGAUGAGUGCCGGUAUGUGUACAUGUGAUCGGAACGGAGCUCGUGAGAGAAAUGGAAAUGAUUUCCAUGACCGUGCAAUGGAAUUAGUUGAUAAUCACACGUCUUCUGGAUGUGUGUUGAUGCAAAUACAUUGUUUUUUUAGUGGUUGGACGCCCUGGAAUGUCACGAGCACGUGGACAUUUGCUCUGGAUUAUUCAGUUAUUUUGUUCCAAAAAUUAAUAGUAUCAUGUUAUGCUUAAAUAAUG